AUGAAGUCCCAACCACGGACUCUCCUGCGGUACACAUUUGCACCCAGCGCCUCCCUCAACAAGACGGCCCGGCCUUUUGGGGCCUCCCCUCCUGCUGACAGCGCCCCGCAGCAGAACGGAUUGCCAGUACGACCACUGGUCCCCAAUGGCAGCAAACAACGACUGAUGGAGAACACGGAGGACUGGCGGCCUCGACCUGGGACAGGCCAGUCCCGUUCCUUCCGCAUUCUUGCCCACCUCACGGAAACCGAGUUCAUGCAAGACCCGGAUGAGGAACACCUAAAGAAAUCCAGGGAAAAGUAUGUCCUGGAGCUGCAGAGCCCAUGCUACACUCGCCUCCAGGACUGGCACCACCAGUGCUCUGCCCAUGUGCUCAACGUGCAGUCGUAG